GCGGCCCCGCGUCGUCCGAGAUGCAGUUUACAGCACUUCCGACGUACCCUUCGUCGAACGUGUCGUAGGUGGCGAGACACUUGUGAUCGGACGGGGUGGCGAACGCGUUGACACGACGAUUCCGAAAUCGUUUUCGCCAUCAAAGCCAUCGCGUCGAUCCGCCGCGAUCUUCGUGUUCAGAUAGAGUCUUCGAAAGCGUCAAACAGAUCCUGGAGAAGAUGGAGACCACGAGCAUGAUUAAUGGGAUUCCUGCGCGCCAGGAUGGCAGGAAGCUGUGGCAGUAUCUCGCAACUAUUUCCGCCUGCCUAAUAGCUAUCGGCGUCGGUAACGCUCUGGCGUGGACGUCUCCUGUGCUACCCCAAUUGUAUCAAGCAGACUCUUGGCUAACUAUCAGCGAGGAGGAAGGGUCGUGGGUGGGCUCGUUACUGGCUCUAGGUGCGAUAGCGGGCGCCGUGCCAUCUGGACCGAUGUCGGACAGACUCGGCCGUAAGAAAGCGCUCCUCCUGCUGUCGGCUCCGUUUCUACUGUCCUGGGCGAUCAUCAUACUCGCCUCCCGGCUGUGGUUGAUUCUCGCGGCCCGAUUCUUAGUGGGCGUCGGGGUCGGGGCAGGCUGCGUCCUUAUACCGAUGUACAUAUCCGAGAUCGCGGAAACAUCGACACGUGGGACACUCUGCGCCUUAUUCCAGUUGUUCCUCACCAUCGGCAUUCUGAUGGCCUUCGUAUUCGGAUCCAUGAUGAACUACACGGCGUUUGCUAUAGUCUGCUCACUCGUGGAGGUCAGCUUCUUGGGUACCUUCUUAUGGAUGCCGGAAUCGCCCGUCUGGCUGUUGAACGUAAAGCGAGAUGACGAAGCUAAGUUAGCAUUGACGGUCCUGCGAGGCGACACUUACGAUCCAUCCGAGGAGCUCGCGGAGAUGCGACGGGCAGCGGAAGAGGCGACGUCGAAGAAGUCGAGCAUAUUCAAUCUCAUACGCGACUCUGCGACCAGAAGAGCCAUGUUAGCCACACUCGGUGCCAUGUUCUUCCAGCAGAUGUCCGGUAUAAAUGCGGUGAUCUUCUACACCACUACUAUCUUCGAGGCAUCCGGAAGCUCGAUGCCGGCGGAGAUCGCUUCCAUAAUAAUCGCGCUCGUUCAGGCGGUGAUGUCAGCCGUGGCAGCCGUGAUUGUGGAUCGCGCAGGCAGGAAGCCGCUGCUAAUAUUCUCGUCAGGCGUUAUGUCAGCCAGCCUUGUGGCUCUCGGUCUGUACUUCAAGAUUAAGGAUGACGGCGGAGACGUCAGUACGCUCGGUUGGCUGCCGCUCACAUCUCUGACAUUAUUUAUGAUCGUCUUCUCCGUCGGGUUGGGUCCGAUACCUUGGAUGCUGAUGGGCGAGCUGUUCACCGCCGAGAGCAAGGCGGUCGCUUCCGGUGUCGCCGUGAUGCUGAAUUGGUUUCUGGCCUUCUUGGUGACGAAAACCUAUCCGGCGUUGAACAAGGAACUAGGCACGGACGUCACCUUCUGGAUCUUCGCUGUGAUCAUGGCGGUGUCGGCCGUGUUUACGUACUUCUUCAUACCGGAGACAAAGGGCAAGUCCUUCCAGGAGAUUCAGGAGGAGCUGCAAAAUGGCGGCCGGCUGAAGACAAUUGCGUGAAGCGAGCACGCCUGUAGGCUCUUCGCACUGGCACAACACGUUGUGCCGCGACCGUUGCUAUUUCAGCCGAUGUGGCGGCAACAUUGAUCGCGGCGUAGAUAAUUUAAGACGUUGUUUAUGGAGUAGCCGCAAACUCCGCGAGCGUAAAAUGAAGACUUUGUGGCUACGGAACACGAGGCGAUAAACGCGGCGGCGAAACUUUUGCAUUUGCUUUAAGAGCGGCGCGUAAAGGAAAGAAACGCCCAAGUCGCUGCGGAAGAAUGCUAAAUCUCGCUAAACGAAUAAACUAUAUCGGCCUUUUAGUGGCUGGUUGGUAGACCAUGCUUUACUUAAUGUUUAACGGCAUUCUUGCCUUCCUCGGUGGGAGUCUCUCCUGUGCGCUUCCAUAUGGACCGAUGGCAUCGGUCGCCACCCAUGUUGAAAUUCCCGUCACCGCAUUUGUUCGUUAAUUAUUAAUUAAAUACGUUCACGCUGUCACCUCUCACUUAUAUUUACGGUUGCGCAAUCAGUCGAUCGCCGCGAUCGAGUUCCCUCUUACGAUCCUAAGUCGUUAAUCAUAUAUUCCUAAUCUGACGCCACCUGACGAUUAGCGUCGAACGCGUGAAUAUAUACGAGCGUUUUCGAUCUAGUUCCAAGAGAAUUUAUUAAUAAUUAGUUCAGAUAAAUGACAUUUUGUACUCGUGGUAGUGAGCGAGGAUCAAUGUGACGAUGGCGAAUGACGGAUGGACCGAUGUGUAACUAAUUGAACGAAAUAAAUAAAUUAUACGUAUAAACAUUUGUUCUGCAAUCCAUCCCGAAAAUCAGAGGUGCAAACCCAUGAGGAAAACUAGUAAUAUCGUUAUGAAAUUUCGAACUAUUGGCCAUGUCCUGUAAUUGCGUAUAAAGCGAAAAUUUGGAAUUUCCAGAAUUUAACAAAACUGUCAAC